CGCCCCUUCCGACUCCGGGAAGCAGCAGGUUCGCCGGAUCCCUUCGCCCGCUCUGCUGCCAUGGCGCUCCUGUGCUCCGGUGGCCGCUCGCUCCUGCCUCCUCGCGUGGCCGCCCUCGCGGUCCGAGCCAGCUCCUGGUGGGCUCACGUGGAGAUGGGCCCCCCCGACCCUAUUCUGGGGGUGACGGAGGCCUUCAAGAGGGACGGCAGCGCCAAGAAGAUGAACCUGGGAGUCGGGGCUUAUCGGGAUGACAACGGGAAGCCCUAUGUCUUGAACUGCGUCCGCAAAGCAGAAGCCCAGAUAGCUGCUAAGAAGAUGGACAAGGAAUAUUUGCCCAUAUCUGGGCUAGCAGACUUCAACAAGGCAUCAGCUGAACUGGCUUUGGGAGAAACAAAUGAGGUUAUACAAAGUGGCCGGUAUGUUACUGUGCAGACAAUUUCUGGAACUGGGUCUUUAAGGGUUGGAGGCAACUUCUUGCAACGAUUCUUCAGCUCCAGCCGUGACGUGUUCCUCCCCAAGCCUUCCUGGGGGAAUCACACACCCAUUUUCAGAGACGCUGGAAUGCAGCUACAAAGCUAUCGAUAUUAUGACCCCAAGACGUGCGGCUUUGACUUCACUGGAGCGUUGGAGGACAUUUCUAAAAUUCCAGAAAAGAGCAUUAUUCUAUUCCAUGCCUGCGCUCACAAUCCCACUGGAGUAGACCCUCGUCCAGAGCAAUGGAAGGAGCUGGCGGCAGCAGUGAAGAAAAGGAACCUCUUCACCUUCUUUGACAUGGCCUAUCAGGGGUUUGCCAGCGGGGACAUAAACCGAGACUCAUGGGCUGUCCGUCACUUCAUUGAGCAAGGCAUUAACAUUGUACUCUCCCAGUCCUACGCCAAGAACAUGGGUCUCUACGGGGAGCGUGUGGGCGCCUUCACAGUCAUUUGCAAGGACUCCGAGGAAGCCAAGAGAGUGGAGUCCCAGCUCAAGAUCCUGAUCCGCCCCAUGUAUUCCAACCCCCCCGUCAAUGGGGCUCGGAUAGCUUCCAUGAUCCUAAACAGCCCUGAUCUGCGGAAGGAAUGGCUGGCGGAGGUGAAAGGAAUGGCCGACCGCAUUAUCGGCAUGCGGACCCAACUGGUGGCCAAUCUGAAGAAGGAAGGCUCUUCUCAUAACUGGCAGCACAUCACUGAUCAGAUCGGCAUGUUCUGCUUCACAGGCCUCAAGCCGGAACAGGUGGAACGGUUAACCAAAGAAUUCUCCGUCUACAUGACCAAGGAUGGCCGCAUCUCCGUUGCAGGCCUCACCUCGGGCAAUGUGGCUUACCUGGCUCACGCCAUCCACCAGGUGUCCAAGUGAACAGGGAGGAUUGUCCGGAUGGCUUCGUACUCUGGCUAGGCGGGGAAGGGGGAGAGUUGGAGGAGCAGCAGCACAUAGCACAAGCAUUUCCCUCCCUUUUCAUCAUCUGUCACUUGGCUGUGUUCGUUGCCCCCACCCCUUUCAUCACUUGAGGUGACUUCCGGUCGUGUGUGCAAACACUCCGGCAUCCUGAGCUGGGCUAGGAAACUCUCUGCCUCUUUGCGGGGGUAGCCUUCCCCAGGACUACAGCUCCCAUAAAUAGCCAGCCUAAUUUUCAAGUGUGCCCUGUUCAGUCUGCCUGCUUGGAGUGGACGUUCUUCUCCCAAACUCUGUGCCCAGGGAUUCAAAGCAAGCUCUGAAGGGAAAGUGGCUUUUUUAUUGCUAGAAAAAGUUCUAAUUUGUUCCUAUGACAGGAAUAUAAGCCUUUUUUUUCAUUUCCCAAAAGAAAGCAAGUUAGCACAGUUUUUUAAAUGAUUCACUGACAGGUAUAAUUCUGAAUGCCUUUCCUUUCCUUUGAGGUCUUUGAGAAACCCUCGUGUGUCCCAUGUCCAGGAUGGGAUGCUUGUGUGGAAAGCUUUCCUCCUGGGGUAAAGCUUGGCAACAUUGGCAUAUGUUGUGGCUCUUUAAAAACACAACUUGCCAGUGUUGAUUUUUCUCAGCUGCUCAGCUCACCAAGAAAAUACUUUCUCUUAUUCAAAAAUUUUUUUAGUGCUGCUUCAGUUCUGGUAGAGAUAGUUGCUCAAAGGUGUGUGGCAGAACAUCCACAGAAAUGGAACAUCGCAUGCAUUAAGUAGGACAGAAGUUGCAAAACUGACCCCCCCCCCUGCAAUCCUGGCACUGCAACCCCUCUUUUGUGUUGUGAACACUGUUAUGAUGGAGCCCUGAAUCUUCUCAUGGAAGUCUUAAGAACAUCUGAAUGCUCCCCCCUCCCCCAUUUGAAAGCAGAGGGCAGGAGAAAGCUGCCAUCAGUUGUCAACCAACGAGCUUUACUAGUUGCGCACCUGUCCUGUGCCAGGUUGAUGCCAGGGUGCUCGGUCUCCCAGGUCUCCCCAGCUGCACCGUCUGUCCCUUCAGAACCCCAAGUGGGUAGAAGCAUUCUGGGAAACCUGCACAGCUGCAGCCAUUAAAUGCCUCCCAGGGUUCAUGCAUCCUGUGACGCCUCUUCGGGAACCGAUCAGUGGAAGAGCAAAGCCGCUGAAAGAGACACAGGUGCUGUGGCUGCUGAGAAAUCCCAGCAUCCCCAUCCUGAGAGCUUGUGGACAACCUGCCUCUUGUGCAGCUGCUGGGCUUCAGCCGGCCCUCUGUGAAGCCGCCAGUCUCUGCCUUCCUCUCCCCCCCCCCUUUAAUAAAGCUGCUGUACAUCA